CCAUUAUCUAGUGUCGACCUUAGAACCACCGGAAUUUAAUGAAACAUUUGCAUCUACCGUAACUACAAUACGAACUGUCCCCUUAAAGGGUUAUCGGAUAUUGACUUGUGGACAACUGUCUAAUGAAUAAAACAUUAGCUUAUUCUGCCACUACAGAAUUGUCUACUAACCAAUAUUUUUUUUUAACCGUGUAUACUCCUAACUAGUUAUCGGAGUAGUUCUCUUGUCGACAAUUAAUUCUGUACUAGUUGCGGUCAAAGUAAAUAAAACAAAUUACUUUUUAUAAUAUUAUUUGGCUUUCUCGCUCAAAAAUAACCAACUAGAACAAAGGGUAUAGCAAAAACAUUUCCAUGAACAUUAUACGUUACUUCCGGAAACAAAGUGCCAGUUUACCCUCCAAUCAGAAAACACUUGCAUUUUAAAUGUCGAUUGCUUUCUGGUCAGUAGCCAGUCAGCAGUUGUUCGCGACUUUCUUUUCUGAUGAUCGACAUGUAAAAUCAUUGAGUGUCUAGCCUCGAAACUCGGAAAGCCUAUUGAUAGUUCGUAACGUUUUAGUUACUUAUUAUUCGGACAGGACAAGGGAGCCAGCAUUGCCAACUCCAACUGCUUCUUUCUUGCCAGCUCAGCUGACUAUCAGUCAGUAUCACCACCGCACAGCUAGCUAGCAAGCUGGCUAGCUCGCUGACUGAUGCGUAAAUGGGAACCCAAGAAGAGAGAGAUUGGGUAGAUGUGGCAAAUGAUAUACUUAGCAAGUGUCACAUUAACCUGAGACUGAGGAAGGUGGCAGACUGCGAUGCCAAUGUUUUUGUGGCAUUGUAUGAGUCUAUCUUGGGGGAGAAAGUCCCAGACUACAUCGCCGCCCCUGGUACCCAGGAGGACGACGUCCACAAUGUCCAGUCUGUGAUUGACUCUCUGGCGCUGGACUACCUUCAGAUCAGCCUUUCACACAUCACAGGCGAGAACAUUGUACAAGGGGACAAGGACUCCAUAAAGAACCUACUAGAGAUCUUCGACGGGCUGCUCGAGUACCUCACGGAGCAGAUCAGUGAAGAGGGGUCGCAAAAUGAGGACAAGGACCCAAACGCCGGGCCAGUGGAGACGACAGGGCGAGAGUUCUCCCAGUCAGAGGAGCGGGAAAAGGAGGCCGUCGUUGACAGAGCUUCCCAGUCUUCCAGUGUGCACUCGGCCAUACAGUCCAGCAGCAAGCAUUCCCUCCAUUCUUGGAAUGGGGAAGAGACUGGCUCCACCAAUGAGCUUAUCCGCCUGGGAGACUCCGCCCGUACGUUCACGGCCAAACAAGAAGCAGACACCUCACAAGACCCAGGCCCUGUCACAUUGGCCCCCCUCAGGGCCUCUGGCACCCAGGCCACUCUACUGAGGGAGCCCCUGCGCUCGGCCAUUCCCCUGCAGCCUCCCUACCAGACCACCCCCCACAGACCUGACUGGGCGCCCCACCCGGAUGGCCAGUGUCCCCCAGCCAACGGCUUCGGCAGCAGGGUCGCAGAGGAGCGUGAGGCCUCCCCUGGCACCUCUGAGUCCCCCAGGCCAGUGGCUGACACGGUUGUUCCAAACGGAGGGCACUCUCCAGCCCCGGGCCACCGGGCCGUCGAGAGUCGAACAGAGGCCGGGCGAGAGGAGGCCAAGGUAUCGCCGGAGCCUUCCAGUGCGGGGCCUAGGAGGGUUCUUUUUAGAACCCAGCCGGAUGUUCUCUUCCUCACUCUGCCGGACGAGCCGGAAGACACAACCCCACGGGACACCGACGAAGACGACUACGAGGAAGAGGGCUCAAACUUCAGACGGGAGGACAUCAGGGCCCCCAGGGAGCGCAAAGGGCUCCGGGCACCCGAAGAGGGUUCUGACGAGUCCUUGUCAUGGCGCCGGCACAGGAACCGGAAGGCAGAACAGGAGCUGCAUCACAUGUCGGAGAAACUGUCCCGGAGAUUGGAGGAGCUGGACAUGAUGUUAAAGCGAGCCCUGGGAGAAAGCGGAGAGGCCGAGGAGGUGAAAGAGGAGGACAAGCAGUCCCACCACAGUGACAGUGUCAUGGAGUGUCGCAGGGCACAAAGGAGGCCAACAGGUACGCCGCGAGCCCCUGCGGCCCCCCGCGCCCGCUCCCUCUCUCCGUCCCCCCCACGGGCCCGCCGCUCCCUGUCGGGUCAGCUGGAGGGGUCGGCGGCGGCGGCGGCGAGCGGGAGGCUGGCGCAAAGGCACACCGCCGCCCGUACGCACCGGCGAGAUCUCCGACGUGCGCAGAACCAGCGCCGGCCCAGCCAGCUGGUGGAGAAGGCCUACGAGGAGGAGUUGCGGCUGUAUGAGGACCGAGAGCGAGCUGCCAUGGCAAAGGAACGGGCCAAGGCACAGGAGGCGGAGCGAGAGUACAGGGAGGCCAUACUGCAGGACCUCCCCCGAACCCCCAAACCAUCCCGAGGGGAUGCCACGGCCAGAACGGCAGCCCAGCCCCGCUCCCCCAGGAACGGACAGCCAGCGCCGGGCCGCCGACAGCGGGACACCGUCAGGAGAGCCCCCCCAUUGAAGGUGAAGGAGAAUGACCUGCUGCCCCUCCUCCUGGAGGAGCUCCCUCACCUACACAUUUCGCCCCACGCCCUAGGCAGGAUGUGGCAUCAGCAGUUGGGCCAGGUGGACCGCCUCAACGCCUCCCUUUCUCUGGAGAACCGGAGGGCCGGGCAGCGCCCUAAACUCUCCAGCCAGGUUGAGGAGGCUCAGAGGAGGCACGAUCUGCUGGUGGAGAUCAUCCGCAAAGAGCAGGAGCACAACAGACGCCUGAGUGAAUUCAAGGAGCGUAUCCAGCAGCAGAAAUCCACUCAGAACCGCCUGAAGGAGCAGAGGCAGCAGAUUGCCCGGGCCAAGAAGUACCACAGUGACUACCACGUCCAGCUCCGCGCUCGCAUGAUGAGGGCACGCACAAAAGAGGAGCAGACGUUCAAGCAGGUUCUGGAGGAGGGUUUGGAGAUCCAGAAGGGCCGUCUCCGAGAGCAGAGGGCCUACGCCAAGGAACAGCGCCAGGAACACCAGAGGAAACACAGGGAUCAGAUCCAGUCCAUGGAGAACUACUACAAAGACCAGUUUUCGUUGCUGGCUGAAACACUUGCUAUAGAAAGACAGGAUAUCCAAGUGCGGAAGAAGGCCCAAGAGAAGGCCCUUCAGAAGAUGAAGCGAGAGCUGCGCUCAAAAAUGGAGAGGGAGAUCGGCGAGCUACAGAAAAUCAUCAUCCAGAACGACGAUGAUGAUUACUUCCGUGAACUGGAGGUCCAAAGGUUACGGAGUCGUGUGCAGAUGGCUUCCUUCCAGUACAACACAAGCUGUCUGCACUGACUUCCAUCUUACGAGCUAGCAACGCGCGGCUACUUAGCGUUAACUCUAGCGUUUCCCUCCUCAGCUGCUAAAAACACUCAGAAGUAUCUAAAACCCUUGGACCUGAGUUCUAUUCCUCCAUUUUUUUGAAAUACUUGAUUAUUUAAGAAUGUUUUAAAGAAAAUGACUCCCUCACUGUGUAUUUUGUGUGCUGUUUUAGAUUUUGUGAUGUGGCAACGAUGACUAGUCCAGUAGUCUUGUCUUCCACAGCCAAAUGGGACCAUAUAGAAAACCAGACGCAACACUAAUAAUGGGAAUGUAAUGCCAGGGCAAGGAUAAAUUUUCUUCCUUUUUAACAGUAUGCUGGACUUGUCUUCCAUAGCAUUUUUAACUACGUCAGUGCAUUUAUUUAAAUUUAUUUAAUUAUUCUGUAAUGUCUUAUUUUUUUUAGUUUCAUUCCACUAACCCCUUGUGCUUUUUGAACAGCAGAUGGUGCUGGUAAUCAGCAGUGUGUAAAAGACUCAGUAACCAGCACAUUUAUAAACAAAUCGGUCUGUUAUCAGAUUAAACGGGUCAAUAAAGCUAGGUGGAAUAACAAUUGGCCAUUCGCAGUAUAUUAACAAAGUAUUCCAUAGAUGAAAACAUUACUUAUUUGUGUGAAUGUCAGAUGUAUCACUCCUUGUCUUGGGUGUUCUGUCGAGACCGGUGGCUGUCAAGGCAGCACAGCUGAUUAAACUAAUUGCAUUCUAAACGGAAGGUCAUGAUUAUUUGAUUGGUGGUGGUGUGUUUGCUGUGACUGAUUAGUUGAUUCAGGACUGGAUUUGCACACGUCUGUCCUAGAAUGUAUCUGACCGGUGUCAUUUUGCUUCUGUGACAGCCCCACGUCAUCCAGGCCGUUUGAAAUGUAGCCUGAGGAUGCCAACUUUCUGUCUGUUAGUGGUUUUUCCCAUCCGCCUUGAGAAACAGUUGUGUUUAUUAUUACAUUAUACACCAGGGAUGGGAAGUACUUUUAUUAUGUGUAUUUGAAACAUGUUUAACUAACUCGGGAAGUUUUGUCAUUUGUAUUUCAAUGGCUUGGAUUUCUCUGAUGUGUUUUGGAUACUUCAGAGAGCGGUUACAGAGUAUGUUCUAUCAGUUGAUUAAUCUAGUCCUUUUAAGGGCAUUUCAUUAGAACUGUAACACCUACAUUGCUUGAAAAAGCAGAUUUUUACAUUUAUAUUCUUUGGUCAUGAGGUAUCCAGAGAAACAACUGCAAUAGAUGAACAUCCACAUGUCAGUCUUGGCAAGUUAAAAAGAAAAUGUUACCAAUGUUUGUGAGGUUUGUUACAAAUAGAAAAUACCUUUUUUGUGAAGCUCUCUUGAAAUUUAUUUUUUGUGUGUCUGGUUAAUGUAAUACAGUGCAUACCGAAAGUAUUCAGACCCCUUCACUUUUUACACAUUUAAGU